UGGCAGAACUAACCUAUGUGGAUUUCAUAAUUCAUAGUAAAAUUCGAAUUUAGUUUUUGGUAUCAUUUUAUGUUGAUUCAACGUAAUUAUAUUAAUGUAGAAUUAAAAACUAAAUCAUUGAGAAUAUAUAUAUAUAUAUAUACAUAUGUAUAUAUUCAUUGUUAUUAUAUGAAGAUGAAGUUUCGGAAUCAAAUGCUAAUUGGUGAAGUGUAUACAGUUUCAUUUUAAGCACGUGAGUGAAAAAAAAAGCUGCCUUAAAACGUUCGAUAUGGCAAAACUUUAUUCGUAUUAUACGUUAUGUCCUCUUAUCGACCAACAGAAUUUGUUAGGUGUCGAAAGAGAUUCAGAAAGUGGAUGUGCAAUCGUAACAUUAGGAAGAAACAUUGUAAUCCGGUAUAAGUUGCAGGAUUUAAAGCAAUUAAGUAGCUGGACUAGUAAAGAUCGUUUGACGACACAAGUUAUUUAUGAUGAAACAAAGUGUCAAUACGCCGCGGUAUUUAAUGAAAAAAAAAUACGUCUUUGGACGGCCGAUGAAACGGAUUUAAAUAGCAUCAAGGGCUAUAAAUUUCAGUCCCCUUUGCAUACCAUUCUUACACUUGAAGAUUGUCCACCUAUAUUGGUACGCAAAGAUGGAGCUACUGCUUCAUUAGAAAAAGCUAUAGAAAACAGAAAAUCUUGGUCCAAAGAAGGAAUAUUAAAAGUCAAUGAGAAAAUAUUGGAUUGUUAUUUGAUCCGCAUUAGUGAUCAAAUAAAUUUGUGUAUAUUAACUAACCUUGAAGGAACAUACAAUUGUGUUAUAGUUAAACUGAACAAUGAAACCUAUUCUGAAGAAUCAGAUUGUGUUAAAAGACUGGAGUUAAAGAGAAAAUCAGAAGAAUUAGUUGGCCAUACUGUAUUACAAGCUAAAAAUAAAGCUUGUCUUCUAACGCUAUGGUCACAUGGUCGAUUGUAUAGUCAUCCUUUAAUGGAAAUUAAUAGUGAAUCUACUUUAAGUACCUUAAUUGGUAUUAUUAAUAAUAUUAAUACUAAACAUCCAGUAGUUAUGACAUCUCUAAAUGAGGGAACUGUGGCAAUUUAUGGGGCUGAUGUCUCUGAAGAAGGAGCUAUAUUAAUGAUUUAUAAUGUACAGUUCAAACUAAUACAAGAUGCUCAGAAAUUGAAAUUGUAUACAAGAGAUGCAAAGCUGUGGAAAAUUGAGGACAAGUUGUUACUUGCUGCUAAUAGACAUUUAGCAAUUGCUCCCUAUCACCUUGCACCUCAGAAAAUAGCAACUUUACUUGGAUCAUCUUUGCGUUUCAAAAACGAUGAUGAGAGUAUUGAUGAUAAUGAGAUCAUGGUAAUACAAGAAUCAACAGUUGCGCAGUGGGAAAAGAAUGAAACAACUUUGAUUAAACCAAGACAGAAACCUACGAAAAAACUUUUUAAGCAAAUAUCAUCUUACAUAAAAGAAGGAUUAAGCGAUGCCGCAAUACAAGAAAUAUUAAUUCCGGAGUUGAUCGAGUCGAAAGACGUUGAAUCAAUUAUAUGGUGUUUAAAUAAUAUGAAAGAUUUGCCAGAGAAGUUAUUGAUCGAUCUCCUAAUAUUUUCGUUAAGAAAUCCUGAUGAAACUUUUCUACCAUUACAAAAUGGCACAACUGAGGAUUUAUCGACUGUCAAAAAUUUACAUUCAAGAAAUGAUUUUCUUGACAAAAUUUUUAGUCUUACUUAUUCUGAUAUUUCUUUAUCAUCUUAUCUUAAGAGUGGUUUAAAUUUUGAUGAAAUACUUCGAUUAUUACAAUACUUAAUCCAAAAAUUAGAUUCUCAAGAUUUUUGUUAUGAUAUUGUACAGGAACCAACUGAAAAACAGUUAUAUGAAUGGUCUAGUCUUUUGUUAGAGUCCCAUUAUCAACACUACAUACUAUCACGAGAUCCAGAAGUAUCAAUGCUACUUAAUAAACUUAGUUAUGUUUUAGAUGAUCAUUUACAAGUAUUCAAAGAUAUGGAAAAUAUGAGGCCCAUUUUGAAAAGAACAAUUAGUGGCAAAUCAUCGAAAUUAUUACAAAAGAAUCGUAACAAAUUUUAUACGAUAGAAGAAAUAAAACUCUACUAAAAUACAA